UUGGACUCCUUCUCCACCACCCUUCCCUUUAACGCUGGCUCCUAGGUAGCAUCUGAAAGGGCCCUGCUCCCAUUUGCAAUUAAAGAGUUUAUUGAGGAGGGGAAAACCGGUAAUUAGCAAGAAUAUUCCCCCCUCCCCAGUUCCACCUGCAGGGCAAAAGUGCAGCUGGCAGAAUGGCUUCCAGCAGAGACCUGACGCACCCACAGAAGUUUUGCUUUGUUUUUGCAAUGCCCUUCGGUGAGGGGGCUCCUGAUUUUUCUGCUCGCCGAGCCCCGGUAUGGGUUAGCACCUAAGCGCAAAACAGAGCGCUCUCCCGAACCCCAUUAUUUUAUUGAAUGUUUAUGAAGGCGCGCGCUUUCUCUCUCUCUCUCUCUCUCUCCAUAUUAAUCUCAUUAAAUCCUACCUUUCAACCUUCUUCCGUGACCAUCUGACCUGGCCACUUGAAUUAAAAUAGUGCUUUCUCCGCAGUCAAAGACAGCACAUCAAUCAUCGGGCUAUUUACACUUCGCUUCUUUCUUCAAAGCGGCUCUGCCCGGGCUCUCUCUACCUUCGCUCCCGGGGGUGACGGGCAGGUCCUGCGGGGCUCGCCGGCAUCGCUCCGUGGGGUGGGGUGGGUUUUUUUCCCCCCUUCCUCUCCCCCCUUUUCUCGGGUGUCCGCGCCUCUCCCGGCUUCCCCCGUCCCUCGGGAGCGCUUCCCCAGCGCGCUGCCUUCCACCUGAAACGCAGAAGAAAGCGGCACGGCACCCGCUGUCCGCGGCCGCGCUCCCGUCCCCGCCGCUCCCGCGGGAGAUCCGCGCCGCCCGACGGCCGCUGCCCGGCGGGGAGGCGAGGGCGCAGGGCCCGGGGCCCGCCGCUCCUCCGAGCCGCAUCCCGGCCCUCCCCGGCGAGCGGCAGCGGGGGCCGCUCGGGAAGCGCGGAGCGGGGCUGAGCUGCCCCGAGAGCGGCGGCGGCCGGUCCGCACCCCGCGCAGGGGGCACCGCCUGGCCCCCCGGGAAGGGGAGCGAGGGCGUGGGGUUCGCGUUCUGGGUCCAAACGUUCACAAACGCGGGCAAAUCGACCGGGGGAGAAAGAGCACAGGCUUUCCAGCGCCGGUGUUGAGCAGAAAUAUUCUGGUAGAAACGCGAGAAAUGACGGCAGAACACACAAAGCACAAAUUAUGUUAUUUUAAAAGUUAGGCAAGCUCCCGAGCCGAAGGGCACAAGAAAGGGAAAAGGGUAAAAAGGAAGAAAAUACAGACAGACACUGAUUGAAAAGUUACUGUAAAUAAAUAUUUUUCAGAUCAAAAAUAAAAGCAUGUCUAAAAUAGGUACGAUUACAAGAUGACAUCCAUUAACAAACUCUCUCUACAGCAUUGCUAUUUAGUAGUAGUAAUAAUAAGAAUAAGAAUAUAAUGAUAAUCACCUCUUUAUAGGAUGGCACCUUGAUCCUUAAAUAUUGUCCAGUGUGUAAGGUCAGUGUGCAGAGGGUUAGGAGCGGAGAGGGCUGAUUUUUCUUAAAGGGGCAGAUCAGGGGAAGGCUGCGAUGGUGCUGGGAGAGAGGAGGGGGGAGAGAUAAGUGGUCUGAAGAAGAGGAUAAGGAAAAAAGAAAAAAGAAAAAAAACAAAACCAAAAAAAAAAACCCCUGAUGAUGAUGAAUACAUUGGAAAGUUUUUUUGGCCCUGGUGAGGGUGUCAGAUUGAAUGCUCUGUGCGCAUGUGCGAAGGUGUCCAAACUGACAAUGCUUGGGAGAUGAAGAUAGUGUGUAGCUGCUUCUGGGCUCAAGGAGGAGGAGAGGAAUCCACAAGCCGACACGAUGAGAUCCAAGGCGCGGGCGAGAAAACUGCCCAAAAGUGACAGCGAGAUUGUAAAUAAUAUGUACGAGACCGACCCUGAUCUCCUUGCUGGCGAAAGUGCAGAGGAGGAAACAGAGGACAGUAUUAUGUCCCCCAUUCCUGUCGGACCUCCAUCACCCUUUCCCACCAGUGAGGACUUCACUCCCAAGGAGGGCUCACCUUAUGAAGCUCCCGUCUACAUUCCUGAUGACAUUCCAAUCCCACCAGAUUUUGAACUCAGAGAAUCUUCGAUUCCAGGGGCAGGGCUAGGGAUUUGGGCCAAAAAGAAGAUUGAAGUUGGGGAAAGAUUUGGACCCUAUAUGACAGUACAGAGGAGCACAUUAAAGGAAACAAACUUUGGAUGGGAGCAAAUACUGACUGAUCCCGAGGUGACCUCCCAAGAGGGCAAUAUCAAAAAGAUUGCCGAUGACCUGGGAAAUGAGAAAUUCUGUAUUGAUGCUAGCCAGAGCGGAGCUGGGAACUGGCUGAAGUACAUCCGCGUGGCCUGUUCCUGCGACGAACAGAAUCUCGCCGUGUGUCACGUUAACGACCAGAUCUAUUAUAAAGUUAUUAAAGAAAUUGAGCCAGGAGAAGAGCUCUUGGUGUAUUUGAAGGAAGGUGGUUAUUCACUUGGGAACAUGGCGCCCAGCAUGGAAGAAGAGCACACGUUUCGCUGCGAGGACUGUGAUGAACUUUUUCAGUCGAAGCUCGACCUGCGGCGACACAAGAAGUACGCCUGCAACGCUGUCAGCUCCCUGUACGAGACCCUGAAUGACGAGAUCAAGCAAGAAGGCCUUGGAGAUGGACAGGUCUAUGAGUGCAAAGACUGUGAGAGGAUGUUCCCCAAUAAAUACAGCCUGGAGCAGCACAUGGUAAUCCACACCGAGGAGAGGGAGUACAAGUGCGACCAGUGUCCCAAGGCUUUCAACUGGAAAUCCAACCUGAUUCGUCAUCAAAUGUCUCACGACAGUGGGAAACGGUUUGAAUGUGAAAACUGUGUUAAGGUGUUUACCGACCCCAGCAACCUCCAGCGGCACAUCCGUUCCCAGCACGUUGGCGCGCGGGCCCAUGCCUGCCCGGACUGCGGCAAAACCUUUGCCACCUCGUCUGGCCUCAAACAACACAAGCACAUUCACAGCACUGUCAAACCUUUCAUAUGUGAGGUCUGUCACAAAUCCUACACGCAGUUCUCCAACCUCUGCCGUCACAAGCGGAUGCACGCGGACUGUCGCACCCAGAUCAAAUGCAAGGACUGCGGCCAGAUGUUCAGCACUACCUCCUCUCUCAACAAACACCGGCGCUUCUGCGAGGGCAAGAACCAUUACAACCCGGGGGGCAUUUUUGCCCCUGGCCUCCCCCUGACGCCCACGUCCAUGAUGGACAAAUCCAAGCCCUCUCCCAACCUCAAUCAUGCCAGCCUGGGGUUUAACGAUUAUUUUCCAUCCCGCCCGCACCCGGGGGGUCUUCCGUUCUCACCUGCCCCCCCAGCGUUUCCCGCCCUCACUCCAGGAUUCCCAGGGAUUUUCCCGCCCUCUCUAUACCCCAGGCCCCCCUUGUUACCACCCACGCAACUGCUCAAAAGUCCCCUCAACCACACUCAAGACGCAAAGCUUCCAAGCCCCCUUGGGAACCCAGCACUUCCUCUGAUCUCUGCGGUGAGCAACAGCAACCAGGCCACGGCAGGAGAGGAGAAAUGUGAAAGCAGCCUGGAAAACUCCUACCUGGAGAAGCUCAAAGCCAGGAACAGUGACAUGUCCGAUGGCAGUGACUUUGAGGAUGUCAAUACAACCACAGGCACGGAUCUGGACACCACUACUGGCACCGGUUCUGAUCUGGACAGUGAUGCAGAGAGCGACAGGGACAAAACAAAAGAUAAGAGCAAACAAAUUGAGAGCAAGCCAGAUUUCGUCAGCAGCUCUGUGUCUGCAAGUUCCACCAACAACACGAGCGAGAUCCCUCUCUUCUAUUCUCAGCAUUCCUUCUUUCCUCCCCCCGAAGAGCACCUGCUGCCUGCCACGGGAGCAGCUAAUGACUCUAUUAAAGCCAUCGCCUCCAUUGCAGAGAAAUAUUUUGGGCCUGGCUUUAUGGGGAUGCAGGAGAAAAAGAUGGGUUCGCUCCCCUAUCAUUCCAUGUUCCCUUUUCAGUUCCUCCCCAAUUUCCCCCAUUCACUCUACCCUUUUACGGAGCGGACCCUCAAUCACAACUUGCUGGUCAAGGCAGAACCAAAGUCACCCAGGGACCUCCACAAAGUAGGCAGCACCAGCUCAGAGUCGCCCUUCGAUCUCACCACAAAGCCAAAAGAGAUUAAGCCAAUCUUGCCGCCACCCAAGGUCCUGCCAGCCCCAUCCUCAGGGGAAGAACAGCCACUGGAUCUGAGCAUUGGCAACCGCAUCCGAGCCAGUCAGAACGGAGGGAGAGAGCCACGGAAAAACCACAUUUAUGGGGAAAGGAAGCUAAUGGCAAGUGAAGUCUUACCCAAGAUUUCCCAGUCUCAACUGCCUCAGCAGCCAUCCCUGCAUUACGCUAAGCCAUCACCCUUUUUCAUGGACCCCAUAUACAGCAGGGUGGAGAAGCGGAAGGUGACAGACCCUGUGGGUGCCCUAAAGGAGAAGUACCUGCGACCCUCCCCGCUGCUUUUUCACCCCCAGAUGUCAGCCAUAGAAACCAUGACAGAGAAACUGGAGAGUUUUGCAGCCAUGAAGGCAGACACUGGCACUUCCCUGCAGCCCCUUCCACACCACCCGUUCAACUUCCGAUCGCCACCACCCACGCUAUCCGAUCCCAUCCUGCGCAAGGGCAAGGAGCGUUACACCUGCAGGUACUGUGGUAAGAUCUUCCCUCGCUCAGCAAAUCUGACAAGGCAUCUGCGGACACACACUGGAGAACAGCCCUACAGGUGUAAAUACUGUGACAGGUCAUUCAGCAUUUCCUCCAACCUCCAGCGGCACGUUCGAAACAUCCAUAACAAGGAGAAGCCAUUCAAAUGUCACCUGUGUAACCGAUGCUUUGGGCAGCAGACCAACUUGGACCGACAUCUGAAGAAACACGAACACGAGAAUGUUCCAGUGAGCCAGCACUCUGGAGUCAUUACAAACCACCUUGGGACCAGUGCCUCUUCCCCAAACUCAGAAUCAGACAACCAUGCACUUUUAGAUGAAAAAGAGGAUUCGUAUUUCUCUGAAAUCAGAAAUUUUAUUGCAAAUAGUGAGAUGAAUCAAGCAUCAACUUUAGCAGAUAAAAGGCCAGAACUCCAGGAUAUUGAUGGCAAUUCCCAGUGUCAUGGAUUAGCAAAUGAGAAAACAGAAGAUGUGGAUGACGAAGAUGAAGAACUGGAAGAGGAGGAUGAUGACAGCCUGACAGGGAAGUCACAGGAUGAAACGGUAUCACCCACCGCAGAGCCCCGAGGAGCAUUUGAAGAUGAAGAAGAUGAAGAGCCCACAUCUCUCACCAUGAGCUUUGACCACACCCGAAGGUGUAUUGAGGAGGACGAAGCCGGCUUGUUAGAUUUGGAGCAGAUGCCGAAUUUUGGGAAGGGGCUGGAUCUUCGCAAAGCAGCCGAGGAAGCAUUUGAAGUUAAAGAUGUGUUUAAUUCCACCUUAGACUCUGAGACAAUAAAACAGACUCUGUACAGGCAGGCUAAAAACCAGGCUUAUGCAAUGAUGCUGUCCCUGUCUGAGAACGCUCCCCUCCACACGUCCUCCCAGAACUCUCUGGGUGCUUGGUUGGACAUGGCAGGAGCAGCUUCAGAGUCGGGGACCUUUAACCCCAUCAACCACCUCUGAGAGGUCAACAAGGCACUGGCCAGAGUCCAAGCGAGGAGGCGGUGGUGCUGCAAUUAUCCUAGCAAAAAUCCUAGCAAGCAGAAGAUGGAUGAGAGGGCCUCAGGGAGUCGUCUGGACUUUUGGCUGAGAAGGAAACCUGUUGCAUCCGACCUACAAGUCCUGCAUUUCUAUCUAUCCAGAGUUCGCAUUUCUAAUUUAUCAGAAUGAGCCUCUCCAAAACUGGAUAACCCUGACGCAGCCCUAGGAUUUCACAGUCUAUAGGAAUAGCAUGAGCAAGACACGAAUUGCAACAGUGCAAUCAAAUAUUGGCCCCUCUCACAGUACAAAACAGUAUCACUGAGCCAGUACAGCCUGCGUAUAAAUGAAAGCUUGAAACCGUUCGGUAGCAUAUCCUUUCAAUUCCGCUGAGUAGUGAAGUAAUAAGGAAAGAGCCAGGCGUGACCUAUCCCUGGUGCAAUUCUGACACGGUCACUGGAGUUAUACCAGGGAAGGGUAAAUUCAGCCCGUUUAACUGACCCCCAAAAGAAUUUGAAAUUAUGUGCUCCCACAGAAAUACCGUCCUAUCCUUCGUUCCCAACAAAACGUAGUGGCAGAGGGCAAAGCCUCUCGAACGCGAGGCCACGUUGCCUGCAGCCAUGGUACACCAUGUGCAGCGUCCCGGUGGAGAGACCUUCAGCCUGGAGCUUUGCUGAGGUCGGGGCUACGGUUGUAUCUUGCAAGUACGUGAUUCACGGUCCUCGGCUGUGACCUGACUGCCCUUCUGUCUGUGCCUACGCUGCAAGGUUAAGAGGGCUUUCCAUCUCUGCCGCUGCCCGCGAGCCCAAGCUGCUGCUUGAGCUUGAAGCACGCGGAGCGUUCCAGAAAAAGCCACGCUCAGCAAGUCUGCCGGGGAGGACCGGUGGCACGGACCCACGCUGGCCUGCGUGCCCUGCCGCCGAGCUGCUGAAAGUGCUCGGACUUCCCAGGCAGAGAGGUCCGGGGUCAGCCCUUACCUGGAGGGGCGUAGCUGUGUGCGAAAGCGGGCAUGGCGGGCGAGCCUCGCCUUUACAGGGGCAAUUCAGCCACAUCUUGUGAUCUGUCUCCCGGGGUUUUGUUAGAGUGACAUCCUGUCAGUGGUGAUAGUGUCUGGGAACUGUGGCAGAACUUUCUGACUCGUGCAGUUGUUUUGGUAUGCUGGAUGGUUGCUGAUGCAUCGCACACUGCUAUUUGGCCUAGAAUUUAAGUAGAAAGAUUAGAAUUUCCUUGCUGCAGCGACCUCAGGGGUACAGCCUCUAUUCAAGCACAUAGCUAAGAAUCAAAUUGUCUCUCUGACUCUAAAAUUGCUCGCAGAUAUUUUAUCAGUGAUUUUAAAUCGCUUCAAAGUCUCAUCUUCUUUUACUGAUGCAAAUCGGCCUCCAGAAAUACCGUGACGUUUACGCUGUUCUACAUUGCAAUUACAAUCUGUAGCAGUGAUUUUGCAGGCAAAGCUGAAUUACAGAAUAGUCAGGACAAUAGUUAGACCUUGCAAAGGAUGACAUUGGCUACACAGAUAAAGUUUAGAAUGUGUGUCCUGUGAAUUUUCGAAUUACAGCAUCUAAAAAUUAGCCAUGCCGAGGACUGGACUCCUGCCACUGAGUGAGAAGACGUGCCUCUGCAUCUCGCCCAUUGCCGUUCUGCAUCGGCAACCUGCUGGGGUUCCCGAGGUGCCCCGGCAGGCUGGCUGCGUAAAGAUUGCACCCAAAGCCCGCGAAGUCGAGAGGAACUUUUCCCAUUAAUUCCAGCAUAUUUUAGUGCCGGGUGUGCUUCUAGUAAGUGUUGUGUCGGGUAAUGACUGCGUGCAGAACUGGGUUAAUGGCCGAUUUCAGAGAAACAGCACACAGUGGUCAGUGUAUCUGCCUGUAAAUACUUGACACGCGUAGCCCCUCCGCCCGCGUGGCGUGGGAAAGGACAGACGGAGGCUUCUGUGCCAGUCCAGUGUGGAGAAACAUCGGCAAAGCCUCGUUCCAGCAUGCUAAAACAAGGAAACAGCUACUCAAAUAAAGCGGAGGUUGUGGUAGGAAUGAUACCUUUGCAAUUCACUCUUUGCACCCAAGAGCACGCGCGAGGCUGUUUUCAGCUAGCCAGGAGCCUCAGACUGUCCAAGGAGGAAAGCAUCUAGGGUAGCUUUGGUAUGGAAGGAACUCAACGUAAAUCAGCAGCAUUAGCAUAUUUUCCCAGAAAAUUUACCCUUCUUUUUGGUUUUCCGCAACACCCUGUGAAAGUGCCCAAGGCUCUGAGACCAACAGUCAGUGUAACCCGAACUGCUUCAUAUAUUUGCACAAAGCUCUUGGGUAAACGGAGCCCAGGAACUGACGCCGUCAAAAGAAACCAGGCUCUGCGAAGGAGAUGGGACGGUCCCGUCCCAGCACAUCUGCCUCUGCUGCUGCUGCAGUACAGCCCUGCCCAGGCGCUUGGCCUUUAAAUUAUUCCCACAGGGGCCAACUGAAAAUAAUAAAAGAAUUGUUUCUUUUCCUGAUGGAAUUUAUUUUAAUCUGUAUAUAACUUGUAAUUUUUUGCUAAUUCUUUUCUUAUUUUAUUUCUUCCUUAACAGUAUUUUUUGCAUUAGAUAUCAUUAUUGUGAAGAAAUAAUGUUAAUAUAAGUAUGUAGUGAAGGACCAAAAUUGUGUAAUUAAGGUUGUAUGUUGUACGAUUGAUAACCAGGGAGUAGGAAGAUUUUGUCCAUGUGCCAAACGACCCUGAUCAAUCCUGCUAGUCUCGCUGCCGAUUCUCCAGACAAUCAUAGGUUUUGUUCCAUUUGCCUUGAAGCGACCGUUGCAGUAGACGAGGGUUUCUAUUUAUUUCCUUGGAAAUGCCGCUCGGAAAGCAAACGCCGCCUCCACCAGAAGCGCGCAGCCCUUCCCACGCGCCCUUCCGCCCAGCACGGCGAGCCGGGCUCUGCAGGGCCAGCAAGGUGCCGGCUAAAGACCCGGGAGCCCUCGGGUGCAGCCGGGGGGGCCGGCAAGCGAUGCCACCACACCGGCAAGCGAUGCCACCAUGCCGCAUGUCCCACCGGCAGCCCCCGCCGGCCCUGAGGUGCAGACCCGGGAGCUGAGGGACACGGUGCCUCCUCCGGGCACCGCAGCCCUGGGAGGGAGCAGCCGACAGAGCCGGGGGCCAGCGGGCGACUCUGCCGAGGGGAUGCGGCGCGGCCGAGCUGGCGGCAGUGCUGGUCCUUGGCAGACUCGCUCUUUGCCGCAGCAGGGAUGCGCGUCCGUGCCCUGCCCCGGGAAAGCCUCCGGCUCAGCAGCCCUGACCUGCAACCGGCUGCCGGCCUCGCUCCUCGGCGCACGCAGAGAGACUCGUCCAGCGAGCGCUCGGGGGCCGGUGGCCUGUCCCCGUCAGCACGGCCCGGGGAAGCACUUGGCCCCCGUGGGACUGUCCAGUCCUGCAGGUUCCCUGGUCCUGCUCCAGGAGAGCACGGAGACGUAACCUGGCCUGAAGCACGGGCACAGAUCGGUCCUGUCCCGUUACAGCACGGAAGCCUGAGCGGCAGCUCCGUGGCUCCCGGUGUCUGCUUGGGGGAAACCGUCUGAGCAUCUUUCCGAUAGGGACUGCAGCACCGUCUGCCUUGUCGGAACAAGGUCUGUGGGUAACAGUAAGUGUUGGCGUGCUCUGACCCGAUGCUUUGUUCACCGUUGAAGCAAUCUUUGACGAGGUCGACAUCACGCUCCUCGGCGCGAGGAGGUGACGGCAGCCGAGGGCGCAGCAGUGAGCUGGUCUCCAAAAUGUGGGCCGAGUACUGAGAAAUGCAGAUGUUCCUGUGGGGAUUUAUUUGGGGUAUAUAUGGUCUUCCCUUCGGUAUCUCAGCCCUCCUGUCCGUUGCGUUGUUUCUUCAGGAGCAGUUUGUCCACAGCUCCUGACUCUGAGCCUGCGCGGCCGCUGUCUCCCUCGCGGGGCUGUUCGUGCUCCCCUGGCUCUGCGGGAGCGAGGGCUCCUCGCGCGGCGUGGUGCUGGCGGGGACGGGGAGGUACAAUCCAGCCAGGGAUUAAGGACGUUAAAAAUAGAGUUUUUGAAAUCAUGAAAUGAUUUUCUUUUUUUCUUUUCUAAUUCACUUUUCUCCCCGUUUUCUCUAGCUAGUGUCUCUGUUUGUUGUAGGAUCUCCCGACUCCUCUAAUUUAGCACUGAUGACAAGUUUUAAUUUUUCCACCGUUAAAUAAACAGAAAGCCUCGCUGAAUAUUUAUCCCGUAGCUUUCAUUCAAUUGCACUUGAAAUGUGUUGCAACUCCUAGCAGAUGCCGAGGUUUGGAUUUGCGGUUGUUGGCAAAAGCAAUCCCGUAUUUUGAAGGCUGUUUCUGUCCCGAGAGGCGCGCGUGGCGGGGAAGGUGCUGCCGUCAGGGCGCAGCUUGCUCCCCAGCGUUGGCGGUGGGAAACGUCGGGGGCCCCUGGGCUUCUGUGGGCCGCGGAGCUGCCGUGCUCGAGGGCGUGCGAUGCCACGCGAUGUGCUCGGGAGCCGUGCCCCGGGUGCGGCGAGGGAUGGGAACGUGGCCUGCUGUGUGUUCGAAAGCCAGGGCACCGCUCGAGGUGGGAUUUAAACCGAGAAUAUUUGUGUAGGAUCUAUUUAUUAAAAGUGUUUUCACAUCUCGUAGCCAUAUUGCCACAACAGCAAGGAGGAGAGAAGGGGAGAAGCCCUGUGGGUGUUCGGUAUAACGGGAUAACGUUGGCAGCAGCCGGUUGGCAGCCCCGGCCGUUCCCGCCUGUUCGGCGCUGCUGACGCGAAGCUGCACCGAGAAGGGCCCUUGCUUCUCCCGAAUGCGACUUUGACCACAGAGCGAGCUGGUUACGGAGGAGAACGUAGGUCUGAUGCGUGUGCUUUCCCUCUCUCUCGCCUGCUCAGAGACCGGCAGGCGGUCCCGCUGCGAAUCUCCCGUGCAGGAAGCUGAAGGUGCUGAGCGCGGGGUGCGCCGGGUUGUCCCGCGGGUCGGCAGCGCCUGGUUUGCUGUUCGGUGCGCGGGGGUGUUGUGCUGGGCAGCUGGCUGCUCCGGGCGCGGGCCUUGGAAACGGAGCCCGUGCCGGCCGGGUCCUGUGCUUCGCGGGUCGCCGCGGGAGCGAGGAGAUGCGCGGGGCUGCGCGGGAGCAGCCGAGUGCCGGCAGCAAAGCCAAACCGAGCAGGGCUCGACAGCUAAACGCGAGCCGCGGUCGCUCACCUGCGUUCCAGGCCAGAACGCAAAGCUCGGCUUCUGCCUUGCUUAAAACAGACUAGUGGAAGCUUUCGAUCUCUCCCUAAUCAGCACUUAGACUUUCAAUAGGCGUUCUUGAAAACGGCUUCUGUUUCACUUCAUACGAAGCAUUUCGAAAAGCACUUGCACAAUGACGUGAACGUGUUUAGACUCUAAGCAUCAAAGCACUGGAUUGUGAGCCCCCCUCCCCUCAGCCGAUUUCAAUCUACUGACUGACAUUCGAUUUUUACGUGCUGUAUUUUGUGUGUGUGUGUGUGGCGGGGGAAGGGGGGAGCAUCACGGUGUAGGAACCUGCCCGUUCCUGCCCGCUGGCAGACGGGCAGGGAGCGACGCGGUCCGCUCGCAUCAGCGCUGGUAACAUAAGGGCAAAAACCUCUGCUCCUAGACGAUGGUCAGUAGUGUGUUCACAAAGCCAUGAAACUUUUCCUUUGUAGUGUUGAGUGAUACUGUGAUUAAAAUGUUAUUGAAUGAUUCCAAGAUUAUUUUUUCUCUUUCUUCUGUCGUUAAUUCUUAUUACCACUUUGGAAAAAGAAUGAAAAAGAAAAAAAAGGCAGCUUUGAUUUCCAAAUGUGCAAUUCACAUGUGAACAAAGUAAUUCUGAAAGUAAUUCUCAAUGUAUUUUACAUUCUCGUUGCUCUCUUCAAAGCAAGAGAUGUUUUGCCCUGAUGUCAUUUCCAGCCUGCAGAAGAUGUAAUUUAAAACAUAUAUAUAUUGUGCUUGCAAGAAUCAUAAAUCUGUGCAUCCUAUGUCAUUCCUUUUCCCAUUGUUACAAUACAGAUAUGAUUUAGUUUGGGUUUUUUUUCUUUAGAACUGUAUAGUGUUUUUUUAAAUCAAUUGUAAAUGUCUGGUUUUCAUAUAAUGUUUAAAAAACAUUGAGAAAGAGGAUGGUGCUUGUUCCAUAUCAUUCUUGAUUGUAUAUUGCUUCUGUUAUGUUUAUAAGUAAACUGUGCAUGACUUGUGUUUAGCAGUCAUUAUUGUGUCUGUUUGUGAAAUUUUUAUUAAAAAGAAAAAAAUUCCGUAGAUGCACUUAUUGUAUAUGUGAUUAGAUUUUGCGUCUGAGGCUAGAAGCCUUGAACUGCCAAGGAAGAGGAAAAAAAAAAAAAGUGUUGGCAGUUAUUAAUUAAUAUGAAAUCGCUUUGUUGGGAGCAUAAUGAAAUAAAAGAUAUGAAGUGUAGAAAAUAAUUAAAAAGCGAUUUUACAAAUUUCAUUUUGAUGCUUGUGAUAAAAGACAAAUGUACUUGUGUAGAGAAAUUCCUUUAAAAUAAUGAAUAGAAAAAGCUGAUUUUGAGGUUAAUGCUGUAGAAUAGGAAUGUAUACCAAAUGUAAUCUUUCCAAUGCUACAAUGAAUUUAUACAUGAGAUUGAUAUGCAAUAAACCUGUG